AUGGCUGGAGUGGCCACCCUGAUCCUGCUGCUGUUGUCCUUGCUUUCGGAGGGCGGUCCCCAGAACGUGCAGGUGGAAGUGAUCCCUGUGGUGCGGGGGCAGCUGGGGGGUACCGUGGACCUGCCGUGCCGCUUGCUGCCCACGGAGCCAGAUGUCAAGGUGUCCCAGGUGACGUGGGUGCGCUGGAACGGGGUCGGCAGGAGCUACAGCGUGGCCGUCUCUCACCCCGAACACGGAGCCAGUUACCCGGACCCCGAGAUCGAUGGAAGGAGGCUGAGAUUCCUCUCGGCCGGGUUGGGGGGUGAGGCCGCCCUGCUCGAUGCCACUCUGCAGGUGCAGGAGCUGCGGGCUCAGGACCAGGGCAAUUACACCUGCGAGUUCGCCACCUUCCCCGGGGGCAACAGCAAGGGGGCCACCUGGCUCAGAGUGGAGGCUGCACCCCAGAACCAGGCCUGGACCCAGGAGGUGACCCAGGGCUCGGUGCCCACCACUGUCACCUUCUGUGUCUCCACCGCGGGGCUCCCGGCUGCCCGCCUCUCCUGGUCCACAUCCCUGAACCACAAAGCCAAGGUCGCCCAAGAAGAGCUGCCCAAUGGUACCAUCACCGUCACCAGCCAACUCAUUCUGCUGCCCAACCGGAGCGCUCACGGGCAGAGUGUCACCUGCAAAGUGGAGCAUGAGACCCUGCAGGAACCUCAGAUGCUGCCCGUCACCCUCGCCAUACGCCACCGCCCCGAGGUCUCCAUCUCCAGCUACGACGAUAACUGGUUCAUCGGCCGCAGCGAUGCCACUCUGAACUGUGAUGCCCAGAGCUACCCAGAGCCCAUGGGCUACGAGUGGAGCACUCUGUCAGGCUCUCUCCCCUCCACAGUCAAGGCCCAGGGCUCCCGCCUUAUGGUUUACAACGUGGAUAAUCUCGUGAACACGACCUUUGUAUGCAAAGUCACCAAUGCAGAGGGCACCGGGUUUGCCCAGCAAACUGUCCUAGUCAGAGAGGCUUCUCUUGGGAUAGAGCCCCUGCCCUCUGGAGCAGCCAUCGCUGGAAUCGUGAUCGGAGUCCUGGCGGUGGUGGGGUUAGCCGCAGCACUGGGGUAUUUCCUGGUCAUUCAGAAGCUUGGCUCAAAGCGCAAGGACACCAAUUCGACAACUGAGACCCCAUCAUCAACAACAUCAGGAGAGAAGCUUCUCAUGCCUAGACCACUUUGGGACGGCCCAAACUACCUCCAUGCCAAGCCCUAGACCCCCAGACUCCUGCCAGGACCUGCACCAGCACCGCCCAAGCCACCGUUUGUCCCUUCCCCGACCCCCAGGACCACCAAAGAUUUCCGAAGCGAGAACCACAAGCCUGAACCAAAGAACGUUUGGAGUAAAGAUUCUCGUGUCUACCCCCAGAAUUGGGAUCCUUGCCUGGACAUCAGCUGGCCCAAUAUGGAGCGACUGUUUGAGGGGAGAGGACUGGGCUGCCUAGUGCGCCAUUUGCCAAAGUGCCAAGCUCCUGACUUUUUCCUCU